AUGUUGUCAGCUUCAUCAGUAUUGAUGAAUGUUUUGGAAAAUCAAUCAACUCCGAGCAUACGAGAAGAACAAUUAUCAUUAAAUAAUGCAGAGGUACUCUCACUUGGUGAUAGCAGUCCAAGAAGUACCAUUAGUAGUUCCUUAAUUGAAAUUGAGGAAAAUUCCGAGUAUCAAAAUUCAAGAAUACAAACCAACACUUCUUUCCAUUUUCAAAAUCAUCAAGAUUCUGAUCAAGAAGAAGAAUCAGAUGAUGAAUUUAAUCAACUUGUUUUAAUAGAACAUUCUUAUAAUGAUGAGGAAUCAAAAGAUGAGAAUGAAGAACUCAAUUUUAAUCAACAACAUGAAUUGACAAAAUUAUCACCACCAAAAUCAAAGCCUUUAAAAACCAACGCAGAAUUUAGAACAAGUACGACUGUUCAACACCAGCCUAAGGAAAAUUCGUCAUUCCGAAGCUCCUUUUCUUCUUCACGAUCAAACCUUCUUAAAGGAAAUACAACCACAACUCUGGUAAGAAAUUCUACAUCGUCAUCAUUGAAUGGUAGUUUUGGAUUUGGAUCAUCAGCUAGUAGAUUUUCAUUAGAUCAUACCUCGAGUUCUUCCAAAUCAAAAGCAAAAUCUUCUCCAUCGUUUAAACGUGAUUUGGAAUUGGAAAAUGAAUUAUUGGGACAACAUAAUAGGCCAACCACUCCUACAAACUCAAAGUCAGUGAGGUCAGCUUCUCCAAUUUCAAAGACAAUUUCAGAGGAAGCAAUUUAUACUCCUCCUUCUGAUCUUUCUUCAAUUACUCUUAAAGACAAGAAGGAAAUUGAAAAGACAGUGGAAAGACUCAAAGUGAGACAACGUUAUUUGGAAGAUAGAGUGAAAAGGGAAUCGACACCUCCAAAAAGGAUUGUUCCCCCUAAACCUAGAGUGUAUACUAGUUCAGAAAGAGUUGUGACGAAACCUCUCUACGAGAGUAAUCCGAUUUUAACAUUAACACAAUUGCAAAACUCACUGGAAGUAGAAAAACGAAAGAAGAGGAUUGAGGAUAAGCGAAGGGAGCUUCAAGAGAGCAAGAACAUGAGAGCAAAAGCAAUAAGAGAUGAGAAACAGAGGAGAGAAACUUUCCUUAAAGAAGAUAGUAUCCUCUCUCGACCAAUUCCAGAAAUUAAAAGACCUUCCACGCCAUCAUUGACAAGAAGAUCAACCACCCCAACAAACUCAAGUAAGAGACCUAGUUCAAGUUUUGCCGAAAGGCCAAAAAGCUCCAUAUCAAUCGAAACUGUUAAACCUCAACAAAAAACCAUUUCCUCCACUAGCCAAACAAUGAAAUCUUCCUCCAGAAUAGUUCCAAAAGAUACCUUUAGUAAGCAGAAUAGCUUCCUAAGUGAUUCCUCAUACAGAUCUCAGAAAGAUGUGAAGGAUUUCAAUGCCUUACUGAAGGAGCAAGAGAAAUUAUUGAAUAAUAUUAGAGAAUUGAAAAACAAAAUCCAACCAACCUCCAAAAAGUAG